AUGCCUGAAGAAUAUGAAAAGAUUCACAUCGAAGCGGCUGAACUUAAGGCGUUAUACUCACGUCUGAAGGCAUAUUUAUCAAAAGUUAUAGAUGAACAAUUGUCAGAUGAGCAGUUAUUCAAAGAAAGGAAUAUCCAAGAAAGCGAAAGGCGCAAGAUACAACGUAAAGUCAGAAAGAUCAUCCUAAAGCACUUCCUUGGAAAACUAUUCAAUUCUUUGAAAUAUUCCCUAGCGGUGGACGAUAACGUUAUGCAUAGUAUAGUUGAUCCAGAAUCUGAUAUUGUUGACGAACUCAAACGGAUGGAAGAUACUGAAGAAAAGAUAGAACCGUAUGAUUUCGCGUUGAAUGACAAACUACGUUCGAUGUAUUUUGAAGUCGAAAACAUGUUUUCUGUGGUUGCGAAAUUACGAAAGAACACUCCAGGUGAUGUAUACAAAAAUACAGAGAGUCGAUUGCAGAAAAAUGAUAAUCAGAUCAAUGAAAUUAUAGCAAAGGAGAAAGCAUCUUUAGAUAAAUUAACAAAAAAUGAGACUGAAGCAAGCGACGAUUCGACUGUGCCACUAGAAAAUGAAACCUAUGAUGAUUUGUUGGAUGAUUACGAGACAUCGCUCUCUGAUAUUGCAUCUCUCAAGAAGAAACUUCCUAGUACACUCUCACAACUUGAUAAUCUCAUUUCCACAGUAAAUUUCCUAAAUCGUUAG